AUGUCAUCGGAUUCUCUUCAAAUUGAAAAUACUUCUACAACUAAAGAUUUAUGUUCAUCGUCAAAUAUAGAUGUAGAUGAAUUAUAUUCAUCAAAUAAAGAUUGUUUUGAAACAAAAGAAUUAUCAUUUAAUAAUCGUAAAGAAUCAACAAUAAAACUUCCAUAUCCCGUUAUAUAUGAUCAUCGUGAUCCAUCAUCUGUACUUAUACUUUUACAAAAAGAAACACAAACAACAUCAAAAAAAAUUCUUGAUAUUAUACAACAAAUUGAAAAUUGUGAAAAAUAUUUAACAGAAAAUAUACAAUUAGAUAAAAAUAAAAAAUCUUUUAAAUAUGAACGUGUUAAAUUAAAACAACAAUUAGAUGGAUUAAAAAAACAUGAACGUCGAAUUAAUUUACAAAUUGAUUUUAUAACAACAAAAAUUGAAAUAAAAGGAAAAUUAAAACAAAAAUUAGAUAAAAUGAAAAUUUAUAUGAGAACAAGAAAUGAACAAAUGAAAAAAUUAAUUCAUGGAAAAGAACGAUCAUCUACAUCAAAUGAAACUCGACAAAAAUUAUCAACUAGUCAAAAACCACAACAACAUCAUCUAAAUUCAUCAGAUUUGAAUCAAAAACGUUCAUUAUCAUCAUCUACAACUAGUUCACAUUCAAAUAAACGUCUAAAAUCGACAAAUCAUAAUCAAAUAAAAGCACCUGUUGUUCGUCUAACAUCACGUUUAACAGGUCAUCAAUCUCAAUCUCAUUCAAUACGAACACCAACAGUAAGAUUUCUAAAUAAAACAAGUGGUUCGUCAAUGACAACACUGAAUUCUUCAUCACCAACGACACCAGCAUCAUCAUCAUCAACUUUAUCACCUCCUUUAAUGGCAAGUACAAGUAUGGGAGAUGCAAAUAAUAUUCAAAAUUCUCGACAACAAAUGGAAAUUCCUUCGAUUGGUGAAGAUGAUGAACUUGAUCUUGAACUUGAUAUGGAUGAGUUAUUUGAUGAUGAUCCGUACUUUGAAGAGAACAUGCAAGAAUUUGAGUCUGGAACACGACAACUUAAAAUCAAUCAGGAUAUUUCGAAAAAAGAAUCUUAA